AUGGCAACAAUGAAGAGUUUGAUAGGGCUGGUGAAUAGAAUACAAAGGCCCUACACCGACCUCGGUGACUACGGAGGAAACGACCUCGCUUUCUCUUCUCUUUGGGACGCUCUGCCCUCUGUCGCCGUCGUGGGUUUCUGUAGCAAACUGACCGAGGACAGCAGGGUUAUGCCAUCUUCGGGCAUUNUGCCUCAGAGGCGGUUCACCGAUUUCUCCUUGGAAAUGCAAGAUGAAACUGAUAGAGUUACGGGGAGAACAAAACAUAUUUCUCCUGUUCCUAUUCAUCUAAGCAUCUAUUCACCAAAUGAAAAUAUAGUCCAAGACAUUGAAUAUAUGGUUCGGUCAUAUGUUGAGAAGCCCAAUUCCAACAUACUGGCAAUAUCUCCAGCAAACCAAGAUAUUGCCACAUCAGAUGCCAUUAAACUUGCCAAGGAAGUGGAUCCUUCAGGAACUAAUGCACUUGAUGCUCAACUGUACACCAUCUUGGAACUAUGCCGUGCUUUCGACCGCAUAUUCAAAGAACAUCUUGAUGGAGGCCGAGCAGAAGGAGAUCGGAUUUAUGAAGUUUUUGACCAUCAGCUGCUAGCAGCUUUGAGAACACUUUCAAUCGACCGGGACCUUUCUCUACAGAAUGUGAGGAAAUUGUCACGGAAGCUGAUGGUUACCAACCACNACUUGAUUGCUCCCGAGCAAGGUUGUAGGCGUCUUAUUGAAGGCUCAGUGACCUACUUUAAAGGACCUGCUGAAGCUACUGUGGACGCUGUCCACUUUGUGCUCAAGGAACUCGUGAGGAUGUCAAUUGGGGAGUGUCAGGUGAGCUUCUUAUUUUCACAAUAUGUUUUCCAAUUCCUUCAUUCACAUGCUAAAUCUCAGGAGGCUAAACAGGAAAUGAAACGUUUCCCUAGUUUACAAACAACCAUAGUAGGAGCGGCAAAUGAGGCUUUGGAAAGGUUUCGUGAGGAGAGCAAGAAAACAGUAACUAGAUUGGUUGAAAUGGAAUCUUCGUAUCUGACCGUUGAUUUCUUCCGGAGGCUUCCACAGGAACUCGAGAGAGCUGGAGGUGGCAGUCAGGAGGUAGGGAGGAGAGCAGCAGAGAACACGAGAAGUAAAUUACGUGGGAACUUGAGGGAACACUCACCACCACCAGCAGACCCAACACCAACAAACACUAUUCCCAAGGCGGUGGUCCACUAUCAAGUUAAGGAAGCCAAACAGAAUUUGCUCAAUUACUUCUAUACGCAUAUUGGGAAGAAAGAUGGCAAGCAAGUAGGAGGGUUGUUGGAUGAAGAUCCGGCACUGAUGGAGCAGAGCCAGCAAUAUGCAAAAAGCUUCAACUGUUCAAGAAGCCAGGGAUUAGCCGUAGGCGGAGAGAAGAGCACAGAAGCCGGCCACGGAUACGAGGGGACGACGGCACAGUUGCGGGCGGCGUACCACCGGAGUCUCCGUUUCAGGCGCGGCGUGAAAGGCGGCUGGGGUGUCGGAGAGCGAACUGAGAUAGGAUGUGAAGUUCGAGAAAGAGUGGGAGCGGUGGUCGAUUGGUUUUCCCUUGCACUUGUUACUUAUAAGCCCGGCUGGAAUUUCCAAUUAAUGGCUUCGAGGAAGAAGGCGAGCAAGAAAUCGAGCCAUUCCAAUCGGGAGCAGCACCAACCAUCUCAUCCUUCCAAAUUUGGGAUACAACACUUCUUCGAGCGCCACUCUCAGAGCCAGAAAACCCUCUCUAAUGGCGGAGAUGCUAAUCCUAGUUCCAUUUCUGCUUCAACCACCGGCCACAAUCCUAAACCCCUUUCAAAUUGUAAGCCUGAGAAUAAUUUGGUUUCCACUCAAGUGGGAGAUGAGAAUCCAGUUAGCAUGCCCAAUACAGAGAAGAUUCAGCCGGUUAUCAAGACUUCGAUUGAUGCCAAUGAUGGUGAUCGAGCUUUUGGGAACGGUUCCAAUUUAGAGCUUGUGGAUAUAAACAAAAGAAAAUAUUUGAAGCAAGCCGAGAAUUCCCAGGAAUCACUAAUAGAGAAUACAUUAUCAGUGAUGAUAGAUGAUGUAGAUAAUCAAUUGGAGGUGUCACCGGAGGCCUCCAAGUCCGUCUCUGUUAAACGUUUCAAGUUUUCCCCUGGAAUGAGCCAGGAUGAUAUUAUUGAUGAGGUGACAUGGAAAAUUUCACCUGUUAAUGAGAGACUUCAUGCUAUGUCCAAGAAUCUACCAAGGAAGGUCAGAAUAUUGGCUGAUUCUACAAGGUUCAACUCAUUGAAUUUUCAGCCAUGCUCACAGAAAAAGGUACAAACAUCUCCUGGAAUGUCAGGACAGCUUGAAAAAUGGUUAUCUUCACCUCCACUCAAGCCAGAAAAAAAAUAUUUGACAUGCUCUCACAGGCAAGCUUCACAAAAGCUCAAGCCCCCUUACGAUUCAAACUGCUGUGAGAACAACAGAAAUGCAAGUAGCAGUGAUAAAUCUGAGGCACUAAAUAGUCAGAGCCCUUUCAGCACUCCACCAUCUCUGUCUUGUUGCCAUGUAAAGGCUCUUGAGGAUGUGGAUUUGGAUAGCGGCCUGGAUGAGCUGGGUUCAAGACAGCACAAGAAGGCAUUAAUAGAACUUUUAGAUCAAGUAGAAGAUGUAAUGUCUGUUGAGCAUUCAUCAUGUAAAGUCAAGGAAAUGCUUUUCGAUGAUGAGAGACGUCAAAACAAUGACCUUGUUGCAAACAACUGGCUCAACUGUUCGCAGCAAGCUCAAUGUAGUAAAGACUCUAACUGCAAUUUUCUUGUGUUGGAGGUUUCAGAGAAGCGUGGAUGUGCUGAAUCAUCAGGUUCUCAAACAUCCUUUAAGGAGAUGCGCUUAUUGAAUGAACGAAGUGGAACAGAACAAACUUUGCAAUUGUGGGAUGAAUGGUACUUUAGUGUUGUUUCUCCUGGAGAUACUGUUAAUGUGAUUGGUGAGUUUGAUGCUCUGGGGAAGUGUGAUGUGAAUUCCAAGAGAAAUUCUCUCAUUGUCCACCCUGAUAUCUUGGUUUCUGGUACUCGGGUUUCUGCUAGUUUCAGCUGCCCAAGACGCACCAUCCUUGAUGAGAGAUUAAAGCAUAACGAGCAUUCUGUUGCAACAUUGAUGGGUACCUUAUUGCAUCAGAUAUAUCAGGCUGGUCUCAUCACUGGAUUCCCUACAAAAGAAUUCUUGGAGGAGUAUGCGGAAACAGUGCUUCAGAAAAACCUGGAGAGCAUAUACGCAUGUGAAGCGAAUGAAAAGGAUAUUUGGAAGACUUUGAUUGGGGCAAUUCCUAAAAUACUGAAUUGGAUAUCCUCUUUUCGUGAUUCCGAGGGCUCCACAAGUCCAAGCAUUGAUUUUAAAUGUGAUGAAGGGCUUAAGAAGAUCAAAAUUUCUGAGACUGCUAUGGAGCAUAGUGCACAAGUUAUGUUAUACACUCUCCUGAUGUCAGAGAGAUACAUGACGAAUAUUGAGUAUGGUCUUCUAUAUUAUCUUCACACUGAUCAAACACAGGGAGUCUCUGUACGAAGGUCUGAUUUGAUUGGGCUGAUAAUGCGUCGUAAUGAGCUUGCAAAUGACCUGCUUAAGGCAUUGACUACUCAGCACUUGCCACCAAUGUUACAAAAUCCAAACAUAUGCAGAAGCUGUCGCCACCUCAGUGUCUGUAAUAUUUACCACAAGGCACAUGGUGGAAUCGCUGAAGGAAGUGGAGUGGGUGAUGUGUACAAUUCACUUGUUUCCCAUUUAACGACCAUACACAUUGCUUUUCUCAAAAAGUGGGAGAGAUUAAUUGAUCUGGAGGCUAAACAUUUGGCGGAAAGAUUCUAUGGUAAAUGGUUUUACGAAUCCAACUUCACAGUUGGCAUGUAUGAUGUAUCUGCCAUAUUCACUCUAUUUUCUGUGCACAGGGUAUUAAGCACAGAACCUGGUCAUCUACGAGUGUCUAAUGGAGUCAUUGUAGACAUUGGUAACUCCCAUGUUUCUGUUUCUUUUGCAAAGCGAUUAAGACUUCCUUGGCAUAAUCCUGGGUCAAUGUCAGAAGCUCUCCGUCAACAAUCCUGGAGAAUAGACAAAGAUGAAAUUAUGUCAUCAUUUGCAAUUAUGAGGUACAAUCUUAUUCAACUCUUUUUGCAAGAUGAAAAUAGUUCUCAUCUGAGGAAGUUGAUUGUUGAUCUUGAGAUGCCUAGAUUUGACAGUGGCUGCAUAUUUAGUCAGGAUCCUGCUAUUUCAUAUGUCUGGUCCGAGAAAAGUUUAAAUGAAGAUCAAAGAAGAGCAAUACUCAAGAUACUCACAGCUAAAGAUUAUGCCCUCGUUCUCGGAAUGCCUGGGACAGGCAAGACAUCCACAAUGGUGCAUGCCGUGAAGGCACUAUUGAUGAGAGGUUCAUCCAUUUUGCUGACAUCCUACACAAACUCAGCUGUUGACAACUUACUAAUCAAGUUGAAAGCUCAGGGCAUAGAUUUUAUAAGACUCGGUAGAUAUGAAGCUGUACAUGAGGAAAUUCGAGAAAAUUCCUUAUCAGUAAUGAAUAUGAAUAGCACUCUAGAGAUUGAGGAAAAGCUGGAUAAAAUUAAUGUUGUUGCAGUCACUUGCUUGGGGAUAACUAGUCCGUUACUAAGUAGGAAGAAAUUUGAUGUGUGCAUCAUGGAUGAAGCAGGGCAGAUAACUCUACCGGUUUCACUGGGGCCAUUGGCUUUUGCUUCAAAGUUUGUCCUUGUUGGCGAUCAUUAUCAAUUACCGCCACUUGUCCAGAAUCCAGAGGCUAAGGAGAAUGGAAUGAAUGUGAGCCUCUUCUGCAGGCUCUCAGAAGCACAUCCACAGGCAAUCGCAGCUCUCCAUUGCCAGGUUGAGUUGUGGUUCUACAGAAAUAGAGAAUGCAAAGAUCAAGUACAGGUGUUCAACGUCUACAUCUUCAUGGCUGAUGGAGAUUCUUUGCCUGCGUACGAGACUAGUGACUGCAAGGCUCUAAGCAACCCAGUGGAGGCAAUUAUUAUUGCAGAGGUCACCAAAGCUCUGGUGCUUAGAGGGGUUGAGGUGCAAGAUAUUGGCAUCAUUACUCCAUACAACUCUCAGGCCAAUCUCAUUCGGGGAGUUGUUUCUGAUCCCGUGGAGAUACAUACCAUUGACAAAUAUCAGGGAAGAGAUAAGGACUGCAUAUUGGUGUCUUUUAUGAGGUCUUGUGCAAAUCCAAGGAAUAAUAAUUCAUCCUCUCUGCUUGGAGACUGGCACAGAAUUAAUGUAGCCCUCACACGUGCCAAGAAGAAGUUGAUAAUGGUGGGUUCUUGUGCAACACUUUCGAAGGUGCCACUGUUAAAGCUCCUCAUUGACAAGGUUGAAGAGCUUUCUGGCUUGUUGAUUGUUUCCAAAAAGGAUAUUAAUCAUCAGCUUCUACUGAAGAGAUGCUCCCACUCCGUUUGACCUUCUUUUCCUUGUAAUUUGUGCUUUCCAUGUAAUUGGUGCAUUUUGCAAUUAAAUGCCGGAAUAUUUAUAUAAUAAUAUAAUCACGUUUCUGUGUGCACCAGCUAAGUUUUUCUCUCAUCAAUCAUCAUUGUCAUCAUUUUGGAGUUGCUCAUUUUUGUUACCGAAUUUAUGGUGUUACUUCCAUCUAAAAAAAAUGACAUUAUGUCAGAUGAUACCGAAUUUAUGGUGUUACUUCCAUCUAAAAAAAUU